AUGGCAGCUGAGCUUUCUGAAAGCAUCCUACAGAUGAUUAUCAAGGAUAUGAGACCCCUUGCUAUUGUGGAGGGUCAAGGCUUUCGUGAAAUGAUCAACACUUUUCACUCAGGGUACACACUUCCCUCCAGACGCUACUUUACAGAUUUAAUGGAGAAGAAAUAUGAGGCAACUCUUGAUAGUGUAAAAGACAAACUCAAAAAUGUUGCAUCAAAAAUCACACUCACCACAGACGCCUGGACAAGUAUUGCAAAUGAAGCAUACUUGGGAGUUACCUGCCACUUUAUUAAUAAAGAUUGGGAGCUCACAUCAUACAAUCUAACUACAAUGCCGCUUGAGGAGCGUCACACAGCAGAAAAUAUCGCUGAGUGGGUUGAAAAAGCAGCAGAGAAGUUUGGAUUCUCUCUCAGUGAUGUACUGGCUGUUGUACAUGAUAAUGCUGCAAAUAUUGUGGCAGCUCUUCGGAUCUUGGAAGAGAAGUAUGGAGUUGCUUCACAGAGAUGUGCUGGCCAUACUCUUCAGUUAGUAGUCAACCAUGCCUUGAAAAAGGAUCCCCAAGUAAAUAAGACCCUUGGUGCUGCAAGGUCCCUUGUAGAGCAUUUUAGGAGGAGUGAACUGGCCAGCAGCAAGCUUAAACAAAAACAAAAGCAAUGGGGCACAGCUGAGCAUAAACUAAUCCAGGAUGUUCCUGUAAGAUGGAACAGUUCUUAUUACAUGGUGAGUCGGCUCUUGGAGCAGAGGUGGCCAGUGACUGCAACCCUUUCAGAUCCAGAGGUCACACCACGAGGAAAGCACUACUUGGAUCUAAAAGCUGAGCAGUGGACCCUUCUGGAGGAACUGGAACAGGUUCUCAAGCCCUUUGAGCAAGCCACUGUCUUCCUGAGUGGAGAGGCUUAUGUCACAUCCUCAGCUUUACCUCCACUCGUAAAAGGUCUCCAGAAAUCCACACAAAAAAUUUCCUUUGAGUCAGCUCCUGUCAACUCUUUUCAAACAUCUGCAGGACACGAGAUGGUUUCAAGGUGGGAGGGUGAGAUCAAAUUCAAAGAAGUUGGUAAAAAUGUGUGUUUAAUUGCUGCAGCCCUUGAUCCAAGAUUCCGCAAGCUAAGGUUCCUGUCAUCAGAUGACAGCCUGAAAGUCCAAAUCAAAGUUCAGACUUUAGCACUUCAAGCCAAAAAACAUGAACAGGAACAGCUUCAACAACAGGCAGGUGGUGUUGGGCAAGAUGACUCAGCCAGUGCCCAGCCACAGGGUUCACCCAGGAAAAGGUCUGUGCUGGACACAUUGUUAGGCUCAGACUCAGAGGGGCAUAACAGCAAUGAAGAAGAUGAGGACCAUGAGGCAGACGGUGAAAUAGUGAGGAACGAAGUACUCAUGUAUUUUGGUGAUCAAUGUAUAUCAAGAGAUAAGAGCCCACUCCAGUGGUGGAAGGAAAAUGCAGCCAGGUUCCCCACCCUUGCUAUCCUAGCCAAAUCGUACUUGUCAGUCCCUGCAACAUCAACUCCAUCUGAGCGCCUCUUCUCAGCUGCAGGAAACAUUGUGACAAAAAAAAGAUCAAGCCUGACGUCAGAGCAUGUGGAUAUGCUCACAUUUCUCCACACGAAUGUCUGA